AUGGUCUGUCUUCGACUUCAUUAUGAGAACCUCAAGCGGGACAGCAUCCGGUUAAGAGAUGGAUACGAAUUCCUGCGGAAGGAAAACGAAAACCUGAGGAAAGACAACGAAAAACUCAGACUUGACCUGGAGAACGUGAAGCAUGAGACAGGAAACGUCAAGUCUUCCCUGCAGAACAAUCUCGAUGAAGUCACAAUUGAAUCCUUCACUGGAAAGAAAGACUCCAAUCUCGAUGGAGUGGAGAUGACCAAUCGACUUGUAAUAGAAAAAAUUAUUGAGCAUGAGAAGUCCAUCGCGCUAUUGAAGAUGAACAUUGAAAACCUGUGGAACGAAAAAGAAAGCCUUCGGCGCAACCACGAGAGCUUCAAGGAAGACACGGACAAGCGAUUUGAAGCCUUCAGGCAGGACAAUGAGAACAUCACGCAGGACAAUGAAAGACUUCGACUUCAUUAUGAGAACCUCAAGCGAGACAGCAUCCGGUUAAUAGAUGGAUACGAAUUCCUGCGGAAGGAAAACGAAAACCUGAGGAAAGACAACGAAAAACUCAGACUUGACCUGGAGAACGUGAAGCAUGAGACAGGAAACGUCAAGUCUUCCCUGCAGAACAAUCUCGAUGUCAGAGACCAGAUAAAACGUCACAAUCACGUUACGGACGAAAGACUUCAAUAUCUGGAGGCGAUAAGUCUGCAAAUCGAUCCAGUAUCCACGAUCGUUCUCCACGAUUCGAUGGCCGAUACGAAGAUCGAUCCUUGUGCUGGUCCUGGCUGCUACAGGCGGAAAAUCAAGUACAACGCAUCGCUCAAACAGAUGGUGGCUUUGAUCGAUCAGUCGAUGCAUUGCAGUCAGGAAAUAAGGUUCGACUGCUUUUCCACGGCCUUGAAUACAGGAGAAAGGCAGCAUGCAUGGUGGUUGGACCGAGAUGGGAAUCCUCAGGUUUACUGGGAUGGGUCAAACGGAGAAAAACACGUGUGCAGAUGUGGUCUCUCCAACAACUGUACGGACAAAGCACUGCCGUGCAACUGCGACGCAAAAGCCCCACAAUGGGAGUCUGACUCGGGAGCGAUCACCAACCGAACGGCACUCCCGAUAACUGAACUGCGAUUCGGGGGAUUACAAUUUACGGGUCAGAAGGCGAAAUACACACUGGGCGGAUUAGCUUGCAAAGGCAAGGCACCUUCGGCGGAGAACCCAGCGGAAUCGUGCUCGUCUCUCCGUCGAGCCGGACACACUCGUUCGGGUUAUUACCUGGUCCAGGAAAAAAAAGAACGAUUGGACGUCGUCCUCUGUCGGAUGGAAUUUGAAGACUCCGACGCAGGCUUCCAGACGGAUACUGGUGCUCGCAUCGUUGCGAAAGGCGUCUAUUUUGAUGCCUACAUCAAAAGUGAAUGGGAGGAAAUUGGCGUAAUUUCUUACAAUGGGACCGAGGUGAACAUAGGCAACGGAAUGGAUCCAAGCACCGGGAUUUUCACCGCACCCCUGGACGGCAUUUAUGCCUUCCAUUUUCAUUAUUUGGGUCGGUACGGUUCAGACACCCGGGUACAUCUCAGAAAAAACCAAGUGAACAAAGGAGCUUUGUUUGCGUCCCAAAAUUACACCGAAGUCUCGGGCCAAGCGAUCCUCCUCAGUCUCAAAUUGGGUAACAAAGUAGACGUUUACUUGGCCUUCGGAAAAGUUCAUGGAGUGCAUCAAGAUACCCAGAGUAUCGAGAUUGCUGAAGAAUUCAAACGGAAAGGUGGCCUGCCAGUCGACGUCAUCAUCACCGUGAUCGUUUUCACAAUUUCGAUACUGUGA